CACAACACCACACAACACUGAACACCACCCAGUGUGGUUUGGCUUUGGUCUUUCUUUUCUCUCACACUGACACUCUCUGAGAUUCUCAUUUCUAGGGUUUCAACUCCCUCUCAUUUUCUCGAGAAAUAAAGAGAAAAGCACAACUGCACAAGAACUUAUUUCCGGAACUAGACUUUAACAUUUUCCAUUUCAAUUUUCACCAACAAACCCUAGACCUGGUGCAUGACAAACAACAACUUCUACUACUUCUACUACAGUACUACUUACUUAGACUCAAUCAGAACUACGAACGCAAACAAGAACUCGAAUUCGAACUCGAACAAGAAUAAUUAUCUUCUUCCAUGGAUAGAUCUAGAUCUAAGCGGAACUACUACUACGAUCACCAAGACUACGAUGGAGAACCGACCAUGGGUAGGACCAAACCUCGGUACAACCACCAUUAUGCUCCCAAUAACUAUCGCCACCGUGGCGGGGCCAAUUCGGUGAACAAUAACAGCAACAAUAACAGGGGAGCAUCGGCAAACCCUAAGGACUCGUUGAUGGUGACCACCACGUACCGCAUUUUGUGCCACGAUAUGAAAGCCGGGGGUGUAAUCGGGAAGUCUGGUAGCAUUAUCAAGUCUAUUAGGCAACACACGGGCGCGUGGAUCAACGUGCAUGAGUUGAUCCCUGGGGAUGAAGAGAGGAUUAUUGAGAUAUCGGACACGAGACGGCGGGACCCCGAGGGGAGAAUGCCGGCGUUUAGUCCGGCUCAGGAGGCGUUGUUUUUGAUUCAUGAUAGGAUACUGGAGAGUGAUGGUGGUGGUGGUGGGGGUUAUGGUGGUGGGGAGGAGGAGGAUGAGUACGGUGGAGGGUUUAGAGGAGGAGGGAAUAGAGUGGCGACGAGAAUGGUGGUAUCGAGAAUGCAUGUGGGGUGUUUGUUGGGGAAAGGAGGGAAGAUUAUUGAGCAAAUGAGGAUGGAGACUAAGACUCAGAUUAGGAUUUUACCUAGGGAUCAUACUUUGCCUCGUUGCGUUUCGAUGUCGGAGGAGAUUGUUCAGGUAGUAGGUGAUAUUAAUAAUGUGAAGAAUGCUGUAGCCAUUAUUUCUUCACGCUUGAGAGAGAGUCAACAUCGUGACCGCAGUCAUUUCCAUGGACGAUUGCAUUCACCAGAACGGUUUUUUGCUGAUGAGGAUUAUAUUCCUCAUAUGAACAACACGGCUCGACGGUCAGCCAUGGAUGGGGCACGAUUUUCCGGCUCCAACUAUAGAAGUCAUAACUAUAAUUCACGCAACUCUGGCUAUUCAAUGGAAUCUGGGGCUGCUUCUGUUUCAGACAGUGGGCAGCCCUUUUAUGGUGAGGACCUUGUGUUUCGUAUGCUUUGUCCAAUUGACAAGGUUGAUAGGGUUAUCGGAGAGUCUGAGGGCAUAGUAGAAUUACUUCAAAAUGAAAUUGGUGUUGAUGUUAAGGUUGCCGAUCCUGUUGCUGGUUCAGAUGAACAAAUAAUCAUAAUCUCUUCUGAGGAGGGUCCUGAUGAUGAGUUGUUUCCAGCUCAAGAAGCGUUGCUGCAUAUCCAGACUCGCAUUGUUGAUCUCAUUACUGAUAAGGACAACUUCAUAACUACUAGGUUAAUUGUCCCAUCCAGUGAAAUUGGGUGUUUAGAGGGAAAAGAUGGAUGUUUAAAUGAAAUGAGGAAUGUAACUGGUGCUAACAUACAGAUUCUGCCAAGGGAAGAAGUUCCGCCAUGUGUAUCUGGGACAGAUGAGCUUGUACAGAUUAUAGGGGAUAUCAAAGCUGCUCGAGAUGCUCUUGUUGAGGUGACAACAAGACUGCGGAGUUACUUAUAUAGGGAUUUCUUUCAAAAGGAUACACCACCUUCUUCUAUUUCUGCAGCAGGUCCUGUUGGUAGUGCUUCUGGAAUGGAGGCUGUUUCUCCUAAUAACAUUACUCCUGUUCGUGAAGGUCAGACUGGUAGUGAGACUCCUGCUGCAACUAAUCUGAAUGUGCAAACUGUGGCAACAACCCAACCAUCAAAGGAAGCUGGAGGGUCUAUCAGUGAGAAACAAAAUGAAACUGAACGCCGCGAAGAUGUGCCAAGUGCAAUCAAUAGAAUCCCAAUACCGCUUGUCACUAGGAGUACGCUUGAAGUUGUCAUACCGGAGCAUGCAGUGCCCAAGCUUAUAACUAAGUCCAAAAAUAAGCUUGCACUUUUCAGUGAGUUGUCCGGUGCCACUGUUACACUUGUAGAAGAUAGACCGGAGGUGACACAAAAGAUCAUUCAAAUAUCAGGUACUCCGGAGCAAGCUGAGAGAGCCCAGAGCUUACUUCAAGGCUUUAUUUUGAGCACGCAAGAAGAUGGACCAUAAGUUAGUCCACUGAGUAUCCACGCUGGUAAUGCAAGGACAAUUAACGUUCAAAUUUAUCUAUGAUCUGACCCAAAAGUGUAUGAUAUUGGAGCUAGAAUGAUUGUGGCCUUUAUUACGAGAACGGGGAUUAGGUCUUGUCCUUUGGCUGGUGUUCUGGAUAAUGAAAUUUCAAGGGAAAAGAGCUCCUCUGUAAAUGUAAUUAAAAGAGCGUCUAUGUAAGUUGUCUUUAAAUGCUUGAAGUUUUCUUGUAUCAAUACAACAAUUGCAGUUGAUUUCGUUUGUGCUUUUACAUGUCUCUCAUCUCAAAAGUCCAAUGUUAAAUUUGAAUUUGGAUGGACUUGGUUGAUGACAUAGUUAUAUUCUGAUUUAAAGCAAUGGAUGGAGUGUUCCCAGAGGCCCAGCAUGGAGAGAUUUCCCGGAAGUUUCUUGGGAAACUUUUAUAAAAAGGUGUUGUCUUGAAGCAUAUCAAAGAAGAAAAAGCCAAGCAUCUUUCUCUUUUGGUCCUCUUGUCUUGUCAUUACUAAUUACCCUUUACAUAAAUUAUUUGUUCAGCUUAUAUUUUACUUGUGGGCGAAUCUCAAAAAUGUUUGAUUUGUUGUUCACCAAAAAGAAACCUAUAUUGCAGGACUCUGGUUGUUAAUGUCUUAUGAAUACACAAGUUUUUCAU